AUGGAUUUUGUCGAUAUUAUUGCUUCAUUUUUAUUGUUUACAAUCGGUAUAAUUGGUGUAUUUCUGAACACUUUGAUAGUGUAUAUUUUCAUUUAUGAAAAAUCACAUCAAACAGCUUUCAAUCUAAUUUGUACAGCACGUGCUGCAAAUAAUGCUAUUGUUCUGACAACAACUUUUUUGCUUAUAUUUUUUGUUGUAGCUACACUGUGAGUUCAAAACAAACUGAAAAUAUUAAUUUGAUCUACAUAUAUAUUUCAGUCCCUCGUCUCCAUAUCCACAAUGGUUCGAAUUUUUGUGUAUAUCAUUCGGAAUAUCUUUAUAUCUAGUAAAUGAAUAUACUUCAAUUAUAAUUGCUCUAAACCGUUUUAUUGCUCUUUUUGCUCCAACUUUUUAUUCAAAAUAUUGCGGAAUUAAAAUAACAGCUUUUCUUUUGUUAUUGUUAUACAUUUAUCGAUUAUUCGAAACAGUCAGUGAAUUAUCAAGUUAUAUACGUGAGCAAAAUCUGACAAUUUCGGAAUGAAUCAUACAUUUUCAUGAUAAAUUUUCAGCUCGAAAAUGCUAUACCAUAUUCGGAAAAGAAAAGUUGUCUUACAAACUGAUUUAUGCUGACACACCGUGUGUAAAUACAGAUGAUAACUAUUCCGAAUUCACAAAUAUAAUUUAUUUAAUUUUAUUUUUGUUCGUAUCGGUUCUAUUUUUAAAUAUUGCUACAUUCAUAAGAAUUGCUAUUUUCAUUUUUGUAAGUUAAAUAGUGUAUGCCGUGGAGAAAUGUUUUUUAUAGAAUCGAAAAAGUAUGGAUCAAAACUCAAAAAAUCGCAUGAAGAAAAACGCGAUUUUAUUUUUUCAAACAAUUAUUCAAGACGCUUUGGUCCUAAUUGAUAUGUUCUUCACUUUCAAGUUAGGGUAAGUGCCCAAAGUUUUUCAUUGAAAAAAAACCUGAUACUGUUUUUAGCUAUCCAAACAAACCAAAAAUUUGGUCAUUUAUCCAUACAAUUCUAGUUUGGGAACUUAUUCAUACAAUGGAUGGGUAAGUCAAUUUAUUUACUUUUUAUUAAAAACAAUUAUAGACAUAUUUUCAGCCUUAUAAUGAUUUUAUUCAACGAAAGAAUAUCAGUGAUAAAAAAUCGUCUUUUCUCGCAGCCUACUGUAAUUGUGCAACCAACUUCGAAAUCAGACUUCUCACAGAAAUAA